AUCUUGUAUGGCUGCAGGCAAACCAAACCCUCUGCAGGCUCUGCAUCUCCGCUGACUCUGAGGACCAAGCCCAAUUUCCUCCCAGUAUAAAAGGGCCUGGUGCUGGGCAGAAGGCAGAGGAGUUCUCAGCUCCUUCCUUCUCCUUUCCGUCUUUGCUCUUCCUCUAAGCCAGCAUGAGUCGACAGUGUAGCUCCAGGUCUAUAUGCCGGGUCGGGGGCGGCAGGGGCUUCAGCUCCGGCUCUGCAGGCCUGGUCAGCUUCCACCGUAAAUCCUCCAGCUGCUCUGUGCGCCGCAGUGGAGGAGGCGGAGGAGGCGGCGGUGGGAGGUUUUCAGGAGGCUUCUGUGGAAGUGGGGGCUCUGGUAGUGGCUUUGGAAGUAAAAGUCUUAUUAACCUUGGGGGUGGCAGGAGCAUCUCCAUGAGUGUGGCUGGAGGUGGACACUGUGGUGGCAUGGGUGGUGGCAUGGGUGGCGGCUUCGGUGGUGGCGGCUUCGGUGGUGGUGGCUUCGGGGGUGGUGGUUUCGGCAGUGGAGGUGGUUUUGGUGGCGGUGGUUUUGGUGGUGGUGGUUUUGGCAGUGGAGGUGGUUUUGGUGGUGGAGGAUAUGGGGGUGGUAGAUUUGGGGGUGGUAUGGGGCCUGUCUGCCCCCCUGGUGGCAUCCAGGAAGUCACUAUCAACCAGAGCCUCCUGCAGCCACUCAAUGUGGAGGUCGACCCUGAGAUUCAAAAAGUGAAGUCUCAGGAGAGAGAGCAGAUCAAGACCCUCAACAACAAAUUCGCCUCUUUCAUCGACAAGGUGCGCUUCCUGGAGCAACAGAACCAGGUGCUGCAAACCAAAUGGGAGCUGCUGCAGCAGGUGGACACCUCCACCCGGACCCACAAUUUAGAUCCCUACUUUGAGUCAUAUAUUGGCAACCUCAGAAGGCAGGUAGACCAGCUGAAGAGCGACCAGUCACGGAUGGAUUCGGAGCUGAAGAACAUGCAGGACAUGGUGGAAGACUACAGGAACAAGUAUGAGGAUGAGAUCAACAAGAGGACCAAUGCAGAGAAUGAAUUCGUGACCAUCAAGAAGGAUGUGGAUUCGGCUUAUAUGACCAAAGUGGACCUCCAGGCCAAGGUGGACAACCUGCAGCAGGAGGUUGACUUCCUCACAGCACUCUACCGUGAGGAAUUGUCUCAGAUGCAGACACACAUCAGUGAGACCAAUGUCAUCCUGUCCAUGGACAACAACCGCACUUUGGACUUGGACGGCAUCAUCGCCGAAGUCAAGGCCCAGUAUGAUGACAUUUGCCAGAGGAGCAAGGCAGAAGCUGAGACAUUUUACCAGAGCAAGUAUGAAGAGCUGCAGGUCACUGCUGGUAAACAUGGUGACAGUGUGAAAAGUUCCAAGAUGGAGAUUUCUGAGCUGAACCGAGUUGUCCAGAGACUUCGAUCUGAAAUUGAUGCUGUCAAGAAGCAGAUCGCACAAAUGCAACAGAACAUCAGCGAUGCUGAGCAGCGUGGUGAGAACGCUCUCAAAGAUGCUCAGAGCAAGCUGAACGAGCUGGAGGAUGCCAUGACACAAGCCAAGGAGGAACUCGCCAGGCUGCUCCGCGACUACCAGGAGCUGAUGAACACCAAACUGGCCCUGGACAUGGAGAUUGCCACAUACAGGACCCUCCUGGAGGGAGAGGAGAUCAGGAUGUCUGGAGAGUGCACCCCCAACGUGAGCGUGUCGGUGAGCACCAGCCACACCAGCAUGAGCGGAAGCAGUAGCCGAGGUGGCGGCGGCGGAUAUGGCUCCGGAGGUGGAGGUGGCAGCUACGGCGGCGGCUCCGGAGGCGGCAGCUACGGCGGUGGCUCCGGAGGCGGCAGCUACGGCGGCGGCUCCGGAAGUGGCGGCGGCGGCGGCAGCCACGGUGGCUCCGGCGGCAGCAGUGGGGGCCACAGAGGUGGCUCUGGAGGGGGCGGUGGCAGCUCCGGAGGCAGCUAUGGUGGUUCCUCUGGAGGAGGCCGUGGAGGAUCCAGCUCCGGGGGCGUUAAGUCCUCGGGAGGCAGUUCUAGCGUGAAGUUUGUUUCCACUAGUUACUCCCGAGGGACCAGAUAGAGAGGUGCUCACCGCCCCAUUAGCUCUCCCUUCCCAUCACGACCAAAUAUGGUUGACAAGACCAAGGUCAAUUGCACCAGCCUUACUGGAGAAAAGAGCUAUGGUUAGUCGCACCGAUUUUGCCUUUUUCCUCUGCGCUUUUCCCUCCCCUGCUCUGCCUCCAAAGAAGUUUUCAGAUUAGUAGCAAUCUGAGUCCCCUGGUAACGACCCCACUUUAUGUAUUGUUCGAGUAACAGUUCAGAACUGCCACCACCUACACGACAGUUCAAAGAGGACGUCAGACCCAGGGCUUCUUUGCUGCGCCCAAAGCACUCAGUGCUCUGGACCGCCCCUUAGCAUCCUGUAUCCCGCAGCUCGCUCAGCUGCUUUGGUUUUUGUACAUACGGUGUUUGCGAGUCGUUUGUCUUUUAUGGAGCACUCUGAAACUCUCCCAUGUCUUUGUUUUGCUGCAAUAAACUGCAUUUGAAAUUCUCAA